AUGGAGGCGGUGGCGCUGGCGGCGCCGGUGACGGCGCUGGAGUUCGCGGGGGACGUGCUGCUGGCGGGCAUCGGCCCGGAGGUGGCGGCGUUCCGGCUGACCGGCGGCGGGCAGGCAGCAGCGGCGGGGCGGCGGAGCGUGCUGUGUGAGGCCAGCGUGCAGGGGCUGCGGGCCGAGCCCGGCCGCGGUCCCGGGGCGGCGGUGCGGGUGGCGGCCUUCGGCGGGCGCUGGCUGGCGGUGCUGGCGGUGCGGCGCGGCGGGGCGGGCGGCGAGGAGCGGCUGCUCGCGACGGGCGGCGGGACGGCGCGGGCGCUGGGGGCGCGGGUGUGGGAGGUGCGGUGGGCGGCGGGCGGGCGGCUGGCCCUGGCUCUGGGCGGCGGGGCCGUGGCGCUGUACGAGUGGCGGGGCGGCGGGCAGUGGCUGCGGCGGGCCAGCUGCGGCGGGGCCGGGGCGCUGCGCUGCGCCGUGCUGGCGGGGACGGGCUGGGCGCGGCUGGCGCUGGCGGCGGGGACGGCGGCGGGGGCCGUGGUGGUGUGGCGGGCGGCGGCGGCGGCGGCCCCGCGGCGGCGGUUGCUGGGGCACCGGGGCGCGGUGCUGGCGCUCUGCUACUCGGCGCCGCGGGGGCUGCUGGCCUCCGCCUCCGAGGACCGCAGCGUGCGGCUGUGGGCGGUGGGCGAGCUGGGCGGGGAGGGGGGCGAGGAGAGCCCCUGCCUGCUGGUGUGCUACGGGCACGGGGCGCGGGUGGCGGCCGUGGCGCUGCGGGGGCCGUGCCCGGUCAGCGCCGGGGAGGACGGUGCCUGCCUGGAGUGGGACGGCGGCGGCGGCGUGCGGCGGGCGCGGCGGGGACACCGCGGAGCCCUGCGCGCCCUGGCUCUGCGCCCCGCCGGCGGCUGCCUCGCCACGGGCGGCGACGACGGCGGGGUCCGGCUCUGGUGGCCCCGGCGGGCGGCCCCGGUGGCGGCGGCGGCGCUGGGGGCCCCGGGGCGGACGCGGGCCGUGCUGCUGGUGGGCCCGCGGCGGGUGCUGGCGCUGGACGAGGCGGGCGGGCUGGCGGCCUACGAGGCGGCAGCGGGGCGGUGGGUGCCGGUGCUGCCUCCCGCCGCCGGCGGGCCGCGGGCAGUGCUGGCGGCCGUGGCCCUGCCCGGCGGGGCCGAGGCGCUGUGCGCGCUGGGCACCGGGGACGGCCACCUCCUCCUCUUCGCCCUGGGCCGCCCCGGGGCCGCCGCCGAGCUGAGACUGUUCGAUGGAGCCGUGCGCGGGCUGGGCUGGGCCCCCCGCCCCGGGCUGCCCCCCGCUGCUGCCGCCCUCCUGGCCUCCGGGCCCGACGGGGAGAUGCUGUGGCUGGAUGUCACCCACCGCCCUGAGCAGGCGCCCUUGUUGCGGCUCAGGGGACGCUAUCAGCUGCCCCCCUGCAAGCAACGCUGGCACACCUGUGGGGUCUUCCUGCCCCAGGGAGGGCUCCUGGUCUGUGGGGACCGCCGGGGCUCCCUCCUCCUCUUCCCUUGCAGCAGCUCCCCACGGCAGGCUGCAGAAAGCACCGGUGUUGCCAAUGGCGGCACCGACUCGGAUGGCGAGGACUCCAGCAGCAAGUCACAGCCCUCUUACUUGUUGCACAAAGAGGCUCUUUCCCUCGAGACCCCGCUGUCCAUGCUCUUCGGGCUCCAUGGCAAGACAGGGGUUACCUCGGUGACCUGCCACGGGGACUACAUUUACAGCACAGGGCGGGAUGGUGCCUACCGGCAGCUCCGUCUGCAGGGCCAGCAGCUGGAGGUGCUGCAGAAGCACAGGCCCUGCAAAGGGCUGCAGUGGAUCGAGGAGCUGCGCUUCACCCCGGAUGGGGACCUGCUGGUGCUGGGCUUUCGUGCUGACAACUUUGUGGUGUGGAGCACCAGGACCAACGAGAACCUCCACUGCGUCCCCUGCGGCGGGGGGCACCGCUCCUGGAGCUACGGCAGCAGCCCCGAGGCCGAGGCCUUUGCCUUCAUCAAGCGCGGGGACGUGCUGCUGUACUGCUGCCAAGCCGAGCCCCGCGAGCAGCAGCUGCUGCUGGGGUCCCUGCACGGGCGGGAGGUCACCUGCGUGCGGCGCCUGGGGGCUCUGGGGGGGCCCGGCCACCCUGGCCUUAAUGUCUUUGUCACCGGCAGCGAGGACACCACGGCCUGUGUCUUGGCGCUCAGUGAGGGCUCCCGCACGGCCCUGCCCCUCGCCCGGCUCAGCGACCACAUCUCCAGCGUCAGGGCACUGGCACUGGCUGGCCCCGCGGGACCCAGCCAGGAGGGUCUGUCUGCCCUGCUCUUCUCUGCGGGCGGCCGGGCACAGAUUGAGUGCAACAGGCUGCUGUGUGCUGGGGACCUGGCCUCUGAGGGCUCUGUGGCCUGCCAGAUCAUCCACGUGGCUUCCCACCGGCUGGAUGAGCACUGGGAGAAAAAGAAGAACAGGCACAAGCUCGUCAAGAUGGAUCCGGAGACGAGGUACAUGUCCCUCUCAUUCGUGUCCGGGACUAACUCUGAGCAGCUGCCAACACCUUGGAAGUUCCUGGCUGCUGCCUGCAGUGAUGGAUCGGUUCGGGUCUUUGGACUGCUGGAGGCUGCUCAGAAGCUGGUGCUGGUGGCUGAGUCGUUCCACCACCAGCGCUGUGUGCUGAAGGUGGAGGUGUUCCUGCACAUGCAGGCAGGAGGGGAGAGGAAGCACCUGCUGUGCAGCGCAGCCACCGACGGCAGCCUCGCCUUCUGGGACAUCACCAGCCCCGUGGCGGAGGCGACAGCCGCCCUGCACCGAGCAGGGGGGGAGAUGCAGCCCCUGGCCCUGGGCUCCCCGCUGCUCACGGUCAUGGCCCACAGCUGCGGCGUGAACAGCCUCCACGUCCGCCCCAUGCCGGAGGGACGGUACCUGGUGGCCAGUGGCAGUGACGAUGGCUCCAUCCACGUCUGCCUGCUGGAGGUGGCUCUGGAUGGCCAGGUGACAAGGGGGACCUGCCUGCGUGUCCUGGAGCGGGCAGCCAGGCCCUGUGCCCACGCUGCCCACGUCACAGGGAUCCGGGUGCUGCGGCCGGACCUGCUGCUCUCUGCCUCGGUGGACCAGCGCCUGACGCUGUGGGGCUGGGGCCCUGGGGGGCUGGACCCCCUCAGCACCACCUUCUUCCAUGUGCCUGACCUGGCUGAGCUGGACUGCUGGGAGGUGGCAGAGGCUGGGGCAGGGCUGCGGUACUGCUGUGUGCUAUGUGGGCAGGGCCUGGAGAUGCUGCAGGGCACAGCACCCCUCUGAGCCCACCUCCACUGGAGGUUCCCUAGUACAUCCCACUCCCUGCCUGAUGUGUCCCCCUUUGAGGGGACAGGUGUGCUUGCUCCCUUUGGGGACAGCACAGCCAUGUCUGUGGUGCUCAAGACUGGUGGUCUAAGGGGAGAAGGCAGAUGUGACCCCUCCCGGACAAGCCUGUGGUUCACGAGGCAGCAAAGGAAGAAUGGGGUCAUCAGCCCAUCCUGCCCAGAAGUUCCUUUUCCCUGAGGCAUGAGAAACUGAUGUCCGAGCGUUCCAGCCCUGGUCCAAGAGAGGAACUUGAGGGUACACCUGGGAACACCUGGCCCUGGGAACUUGACGUCAGGUACUGGUGCAGCACAUGGCAGGCUGCAGCCUUGUGCUCCCCGGGUCACACAGGGCCCUGACCUGCAGCAGGACCCAGCACAGU